GUUGGAGCGCGAUGGCAGCAGUGCCGCGGCAGGCGCGCCAGGCCGGGCGGGCUUCCCUCCAAUGAGACGCGCGCCUCCGGCAGCAGUACUCUUGGCAGCCCGUCAUGGGUGGCGGCGACAACGCCACGGCCAUUUCCGAGGAGUGGGUGGCCGGCAUCAGCGUGGUGAUGGCGCUCAUCGUGCUGGCCAUCGUGCUCGGUAACGCGCUGGUGAUCGUGGCCAUCGCCAGGACGCAGAGGCUCCAGACGCGCACCAACGUCUUCGUGGUGUCGCUGGCGUGCGCGGACCUCAUCAUGGGCGUGCUGGUGGUGCCCUUCGGCGCCGAGCUGGAGGUGCGCGGCUCCUGGGCGUACGGCUCCUUCUUCUGCGAGUUCUGGAUCUCCGUGGACGUGCUGUGCGUCACGGCGAGCAUCGAGACGCUGUGCGUGAUCGCGGUGGACCGAUACGUCGCCAUCACGGCGCCCUUCCGGUACCAGAGCCUGCUCACCAGGGCGCGCGCUCAGGCGGCGGUGUGCGCGGUGUGGGGCGUCUCGGCGCUGGUGUCCUUCCUGCCGAUACUCAUGCACUGGUCCCGGGACAGCGCGCACACCUCCUGCUACGAGGACCCGGCGUGCUGCGACUUUGUCACCAACCGCGCGUACGCCGUGUCCUCCUCCGUCAUCUCCUUCUACCUCCCGCUGCUGGUGAUGGUCUUCGUGUACGCGCGCGUUUACCGGGAGGCGAAGCAGCAGCUGCGGAAGAUCGACAAAUGCGAGGGUCGCUUCCACAUCCACAGCUCGGCGGGGCAGUGCAAGAGGAAGCCGCCGCGGGUGGCCGCCCUGCGGGAGCACAAGGCGCUGAAGACGCUGGGCAUCAUCAUGGGCACCUUCACCCUCUGCUGGCUGCCCUUCUUCAUCGUCAACGUGGUGCGGGUGUUCGGCGCCGAGCUGGUGGACAAAGAUUUGUUCGUCUUCCUCAACUGGCUCGGUUACGCCAACUCGGCCUUCAAUCCCGUCAUCUACUGCCGCAGCCCGGACUUCAGGAGGGCGUUCAAGAGGCUGCUGUGCCGGACCAGGAGGAGGCGGCGGCCGACGGGCGAAGGGAUGCUGCACGUCAGCUCCUGCGACCUGAGCCGCUACUCCGGCGGCUUGAUGACCUCCGCGGAGCCCGGGACACUCGGACUGUGGACGGACUGCACCGGGCUGGACAACAGUGACAGCAGCCUGGCGGGAACCGGAAAACUGUCCCGCUCCGAAUCUCAUCUGUGACCCAAACUAAACUCUUUUUACUUACUUUUUAUAUAAGGACAACUAGGACAUUUGGAGAAAUAUUGUAAUUUAAUUGAUUUCAGGAUUUUUUUCUGUCAAAAUGUCGGGAUUUUUUCUGUCAAAAAAUCGGGAUUAUUUCUGUCAAAAUGUCGGUAUUUUUUUCUGUUAAAAAGUCAGAAUUUUUUCUGUCAAUAAAAUCUGGAUUUUUCUCUGUUAAAAAAUCUGGAUUUUUUUCUGUCAAAAAAAUCGGGAUUUCUUUCUGUCAAAAAGUCUGCAUUUUUAAUGUCAAAAAGUCUGGAUUUUUCUGUCAAAAUGUCGGCAUGUUUUCUAUCAAAAAAAUCGGGAUUUUUUUCUGUCAAAAAGUCAGU